UGUUUCCCUUGUCUUUCUUUCUUUCUUUGUCUCUGAAGCAGUCGAACGUGCCCUGUUCUCCCUCCUUUCUUGCCCACCUUCUUCCAAAGCAGAUCAGAAACAUAAAAGCAUCUCAGUCACCGGCCUUCUUUCUCCCUAACUACUUCAAAGCAGAAAACCCAUUUCCCCUGUCUUCCUUUCUUUCUUUGUCUUUGAAGUAGUCAAACGUGCCUUGUUCUCCCUCCCUUCUUGCCCACCUUUUUCCAAAGCAGAUCAGAAAUAUCAAAGCAUCUCAGUCAUCGGCCGUCUUUCUCCCUAACUACUUCAAAGCAGAAAAGCCCAUUUCCCCUCACCGGAAAAUCCCCACCAAAAUCCCAUUUCUCCUCCUUCUGUGAGUGUCCUUCCUUUUCUCUGAUUUUUUUUCCUUUUUUGGUGUUUCUGCUACCAAUUUGGUGGUGAUGAAUGAUGAUGGUUGGUUGGUAGUAUCUGGGCGACGCGACGAAGCGGGGCAUGGGUCGGUGAAGCCAAACAAAGCAGCAAUACCAAAGGGAAGUGAAGCGGAGGGUGUUCCGACCACGGGACUUUGGAGUCUCGAAGCAUUGUGUCAUUCCAUUCGAGAAACAGGACUAGGGUGGAAUUAUGAGAAAGGCACAAUUGAUGCUACUCCUCAACGAUGGGUUGAAUUGAAAGCGGAGAACAAAGAAUAUGGUAAAUUUGAGCAUCAUGGAUUAGAAAACACAGUGGAGUUGCAGCAAAUGUUUGACAAAAUAGUAGACACCGAUGAAACUGCAUGGACUCCAGUUGCUGGGCCUAUUCCUCCAGUACAACAGAAUGUCGGAUUUGAAGAUGCUGUUGAUUUGGAAGAAGGAAGUGGUGAUUCUGAUGAGGUGAAUGUCAUCCCAACACAAACUGGUGGAAGCAGUGAAAAAAGGAAGAAAAACACAAUUGGUCCUUCACUUACCGGCAAAGGGAAGAAAGUGAAGGUAGGGGGUGCAGCAUACAUGCAGAAACAAUUGAAUCGUUUUUAUGAUGCAGUUGAAAGUUAUACCACAACUACUUUGAGUGAUUCAUCAAAGAAAAAUUAUAAAACAUAUCAUGAUACCACUGAAGGAUGUAUGGAGAUGUUGUUAACUUUACCUGGAGUUGAAGAUGGUAAUGAGCUUUUAAUGUUAGGUACUCAUUUGUUUGUGAAACAAGAAUAUAGAAAUAUCUUUAGGAGUAUAAAAUCAGUUAACUCAAAACUUGCUUGGCUACAGCAAGAGUUGGAAAGGGACAAGAUAAGGUUUGAGAUGGAAAGGGAGAGAUUCGAUGGUAGAAGGUAUUACUAGGAUGUUUGUAUUUGAGUUUUUAGUAUUAAGACAAUCGUAAUGCUUGUAUUUGAGAUACAAAACUGUUUUCUUUUUUAUUUGUAUUUUCGUUGUAUGUGGACUAAUGUUAUGAAUUUAUGUCUUUUUCAUAAUGUUGUUGCUUAAAAAUGAGACUAGUGAUUUAUAGUUCAAAUAAGGAUUCCAUAUUAAU